AUAUGGUGCGGCGGUCAACCUAUCCAAACUUGCCUCCUUAACGACAGCUGUGACUAGCCAUAGCCCCUUCUUCGUCUGCACGCUAGUCCUAAGCUCCAUCGUCCAACUCGCUAUCUUUACCGCUGAUCCACAGCAGUCGACUCGCACAGGCCGCAACUUUCUAGCGCUAAAUAUCGGCGUCCUCAAAUCCAUGGGGCAUGUGUGGGCGAUUGCGGCGGCUUCGAUGUCACGGAUCCGCGAUGUAGCUGUCGAGGUUGAGUCGGCGCUUGCUAGAGAGAGCAGAGAACUGUUACAUGAUCAGUUAACCCAGUCCGUUUUAGUCGACUCACAGGAUCUGGAUCUAACACUUUUAUAACGCGUACUCCAUCUUCGUAUCCCGCCCCAUGGAAACAAAUAGGUGUAAUUCCGGCCUAUUUUAAUGUCUCGGUGCAAAUGCCAUGUCUGCAAGCAAGCUAGAAACUUUGAAGUAUCACCGUCACAGGCCUUAUGUACUGUACGCUACGAUCAUAGGCAUGUAUAGCUGCCAUGUAUAUACGCCUGCGUCAUCAUAUUCCAUCCUGGACGAGCCAGAUAUCGUUUUAAGUAGCACCAAAAUGUGCAUGUCAUCAUGGAAGGUUUAAAGUUAAGCCAGCUCUCAUUGAGAUAGAUCGUUCGCCAUGGGGCUAAG